GGCUAACCAGCACAGUGAGCUGAGGAGAGACACUUCCAGCUCUUUGAGGAGCUAUAGCAUAUAGACACACAGCAACUGACAAAUGGCAGCCGUGGACAAAGAUGUGGCUGAGAAGUUUCUGGACAGCAACCCUGACUUUGCCAAGCAGUACUAUGAUACCAAGUUCCGCCCGAAGGUCAUCUCGGACCUUUUCAAAGACAACAAGACUUCCCAGGUGAACACCAGCAGCUUCCACGAGCUGAGCACAGUGGAGGAGAGUGAGAUCAUAUUUGACAUGGUCAGAGACCUGCAGGACAACAUCCAGAUGGAGAAGGCUAUCUUCAACUUCAUGAAACAUCUCAGCUUCAUGAUACGGUCAGAGAAGAUGAGCCUGUUCAUGUACCGGAUGCGUAACGGCACGGCCGAGCUGGCCACGAGACUCUUCAACGUGCACAAGGACGCCACCUUGGAGGAGUGCCUGGUCCAGCCAGACAGUGAGAUAGUCUUUCCUAUGGACAUCGGCAUUGUGGGCCAUGUGGCCACCACCAAGAAGACUGUCAACAUCCCAGAUGUCUCAGAGAGCAGCCACUACAGUGACUUUGUGGACCAGAUCCAAGAAUACCAGACCAAGAGUGUCUUGGCUACCCCCAUCAUGAACGGCAAGGACAUGGUGGCUGUUAUGAUGGCUGUGAACAAGAUUGGAGCUCCACACUUCACUAAGCAGGAUGAGGAGACUCUGUUGAAGUAUCUCAACUUUGCCAACCUGAUCCUAAGAGUGUUCCAUUUGAGCUACCUUCACAACUGUGAGACCAGAAGAGGACAGGUCCUGCUCUGGUCUGCCAGCAAAGUGUUUGAGGAGAUGACAGACAUUGAGAGACAGUUCCACAAGGCCCUCUAUACCAUCAGGGAUUUCCUUAACUGUGAACGUUACUCUGUUGGCCUCCUGGACAUGACCAAGACUAAGGAAUUCUAUGACCUUUGGCCUGUGCUAAUGGGAGAGGUGCCUCAAUACGAUGGACCCAAGACUCCUGAUGGCAGAGAAAUAAACUUCUACAAAGUGAUUGACUACAUUUUACAUGGAAAAGAGGAGAUCAAAGUUUUACCCAACCCUGCUCCGGACCACUGGGCUCUGGUCAGUGGCCUGCCCACCUACGUGGCUAAGGAGGGACUGAUCUGUAACAUUAUGAACGCGGCACAAGAUGACUUCUUCAGCUUCCAAAAAGGGCCCGUGGAUAGCUCCGGCUGGAUCAUAAAGAACGUCCUGUCCCUCCCCAUCGUGAAUAAGAAGGAGGAAAUAGUCGCAGUAGCCACCUUCUACAACAGGAAAGAUGGGAAACCCUUUGACGAGCAGGAUGAAACUCUGAUGGAGUCUCUCACCCAGUUCCUUGGCUGGUCUGUGCUCAACACAGACACCUAUGACAAGUGGAACAAGCUGGAGAACAGGAAGGACAUCUUCCAGGACAUGGUGCUGUACCACAUCAAGUGCAGGACGGAUGAGACCCAGAAUGUAUUGAAUACCAGGGAGAGGUAUGGAAAGGAACCACAUGAGUGUGAGGAGGUGGAACUGGAAGCAAUCCUGUCGGAAGUUCUUCCACCCUCUUCCAAGUCGGAGCUCUUUGAGUUUCACUUCUGUGACUUUGAGCACAGUCAUCUAGACCUGGUCAAGUUAGGCAUUAAGAUGUACUAUGAGUUGGGAGUGGUGGACAAGUUCCACGUCCCCCGUGAGACCCUCACCAGGUUCUGUUACUCCCUYAGUAAGGGCUACAGGCAGAUCACCUACCACAACUGGAGUCAUGGCUUCAACGUGGGCCAGACCAUGUUCACUCUGCUCAUGACAGGUGACCUGAAGCGUUAUUACACAGAGCUAGAGACCAUGGCCAUGGUAACAGCCGGCUUAUGCCACGAUGUCGACCACAGAGGCACCAAUAACCUCUACCAGAUGAAGUCUGGAAACCCUCUCGCAAAGCUCCACGGCUCCUCCAUCCUGGAGAGACACCAUCUGGAGACUGGGAAGACCCUGCUGAGAGACCCUGCCUUAAAUAUUUAUCAGAAUCUCAGUCGUGCUCAGCACGAGCAUGUCAUUCAUCUGAUGGACAUCGCCAUCAUCGCCACUGACCUCGCUCUCUACUUCAAAAAAGAACCAUGUUCCAGAAAGAUUGUGGACCAAUCGAAGACCUACGAGACCUGGGAUGAGUGGACCAAGUACAUGACGCAGCAGACCACUCGCAAGGAGAUAGUCAUGGCUAUGAUGAUGACGGCCUGCGAUCUGUCUGCUAUUGCCAAACCAUGGGACAUCCAGAGCAAGGUGGCGCUGUCUGUGGCUGCAGAGUUCUGGGARCAGGGUGACCUGGAGAGGACUGUACUGGAACAGCAGCCUAUUCCCAUGAUGGACAGGACUAAAUCAGCUGAUCUUCCCAAGAUGCAGUGUGGUUUCAUCGAUUUUGUCUGUGCUUUUGUGUACAAGGAGUUCUCCCGUUUCCAUGUGGAGAUCACUCCCAUGCUGGACCGGCUGCUGAACAACAGGAAGGAGUGGAAUGCUCUGAAGGAGAUACACGAAGCUAAGCUGGCUGCUCUGGAGGAGGCCAAGACAGCCAAGGAGGAGGUAGCUGUUGCAGCCACCGCAGCCAAGCAGGCGAGUGCAGCUGAAGCAGGCCCCCAGUCAAAGACCUGUGUUGUCAACUAGACUAGAGAGAUCCCAGUCCUGGACCAAAGUAUCUGCACCAAGACAGGAGUUUUACGUCCCUGUACCCGAUAUCGGUCUACUAGAGCUGGUUAGCAUUAGCCUAGCGUAGCCUUACAGUAUUCUGAAUUUGAGCCGGUUAGCAUUAACUUAGUAUACCCUUACAGUAUACAUAACUAGAGUGGGUUAGCAUUAACUUAUUAUAGCCUUACAGUAUACUGAACAAGAGCCAGUUAGCAUUAGUUUAGCGUAGACUUACAGUAUACAUAACUAGUACCGAAUAGCAUUAGCUUAGCAUUUCAGUUUACAUAACUAGAGCUGGUUAGCAUUAGCUUAGCACUGCACUGUGCUAUACAUUGACCUAUAUAUGGUACCAAGCCAGAGGAUCCACAGGAUGAAGCAGUUCAUGGGCAAAUUCAAACACAGCCUAUUCCUGUGCAAUGAAUGUAAAUAUUUAGGUAUUUUAUUGGAAUUUACCAUGUACUUACACACUCGUUAAUUUGGCAAUGUGAAUUUGACUUCCUUAGAAAUACGGAAUUCAGUUAGCAAAAAAAGGUUGGGUAUCAUUUCCAUAGGCUAAACAUACACUCUAUUCUGAAAGUAUUCAGACCCCUUGACUUUUUCCACAU